GGUGAUUUCAAUAGCAUGGGUUUGCCAGGUGUUGUCGCUACAGCCUUGGGUCUUGUGCUGGUCGUGACCCAGAUACGGACCAGCCAGUCUUUUCAAGAGAAAAGCGAUUGUGCAAGUGAUGGUCGCUACAUGUGUCGAAAUGGUAGCUGUAUUCCUUACAGUUUGAAAUGCAAUGGUGCUGCCGAUUGCUUCGGGCAGAGCGAUGAGUUGUAUUGUGAUAAAUAUAUCAUUGAAUACAAUCCGUUCUUCGACGUGCGUCUCAACGACUCUUCCGUUAUGCAGCAAAGUACGGUAGAUACACCUGAGACUUGUGCACGGCUGUGUCGGGAAUGGACUCCCGAUCCGAACGACCAAUGCGUUGCCUUUGAUAUCUCCGUUUACAAUUCUUAUUACCUGUGCAAGCGCGCCAGAAAGGGAUACGAAUUGGUGCCUAAUGAAGAAGAAGGAUACGUCCACUUCGCACCAGAUCAUAACUUCCCAACAGAGGAUAACGAUUGUGAAAGUGAUGGUCGCUACACGUGUCGACGUGGUGCCUGUGUUCCUCAUAGUUCCAAAUGCAACGGUGCUCACGAUUGCUACGGGAGGAGCGACGAGUUGUAUUGUGAUGAAUAUGUCAUUGAAUACAAUCCGUUCUUCGACGUGCGUCUCAACGACUCUUCCGUGAUGAGGAAAGACUUGGUAAAUACACCGAAUACUUGUGCAUCUCUGUGUCGAGCCUGGAAACACGAUCCGAACGACCAAUGCGUUGCUUUUGAUUUCUCCGUUUACAAUUCCGAGUUUUACUGGUGCAGACAGGCCAGGAAGGGAUACCUAUUGGUGCCAAAUAAAGGAGACGAAUACAUCCUGUUCAAACCAGAUGACUACCAGCCACCCACAGACAAGCCCGGCCUGUCUCAAACAGACAUAAUCCUCAUCAGUGUUUUCUGCUCCUUGGGUGGUGUGGCCAUUAUCGGCCUCCUUAUUGGUGGCUGGGUUUGGCAGUCGAAGAAGAAAAGGAAAGUGAGCAGGCCAACGACUGAAGUGAACGGAGACCACGGAGCGAGCAUUGAAUUUGAUUAAACCCAACAAGUCCAACCGACGAACGAGCCUAGCACUGACGGCCAAGAAUCCAAAGAAGACGGCCGAGGAAAGUGUUUUCUUGCUGGGAGGGGGGCUCUUAUACACCCUACCUCAAACCAAAUCAAGUAUACCUCAAUAUGUGCACCAAAAUGACAAGAAAUAUAUUUAAAAAAAAAAUUGACCUUCAAUUUUAACAUUCCGAAAAUUACGGCCUGCAAAUGUUUACCUCGAAACAAAACUGGUCUGAAGCUGCGCCUUUUCUUUUGACUAUAAACUUAGUAUUGUGCAAGUGUUAGUUUUAAAUCAGAAAAUUUAGCAAUACAGAAGUUCAAAUUACUUACAUGUACUUUGAU